AUGGAAGCGCUCAAGGGCACAAUUACUCAUGCUGAAAGUUUAGCAGCAGAAAAGGUAGCAGCUUCUCUUCGUCAUGCACUUAGAGGAAUAAAUACAGAUGACCAGACCAUUAUAGAAGUCCUCACUAAACAUAGUUCGUGCCAGAGGCAAGAAAUAAGUGAAAAAUAUACGAAUAUAUAUGGACGAAAUUUAAUCGAUGACAUAAAAGCUGUUCUAGGAGGACAUUUCGAAGAUGUCUGCGUAGCGCUACUCAAACCUAUCGACGAAGUUUUGGUGGAUCAUUUAUACGACGCUUGCAAGAAAAAAGAUAAAUACUGCGUCUUUCAUGUGCUUUGCUGUCACGAUUCUGAGGAAUUGGAAAGUCUGAAAGCUCUUUUUAUCAUCAAAUACAACGUUGAACCGGAAACAUAUAUUUGCGAAUCGUUCACUGGAGAUAUAAGGAGGCUUUUGGAAAUGUUGGUUGCAAGAGCCGAUAAAGAAGUUAACGAAGAUUUGGCAGAAAUUGAGGGCCAGCAACUGUAUGAUCAGCCUAAGAUGAAGAGCUUAACAAUCUUCAAUGUUGUGUUCCUUCAUGUUCGGCUCGAUAUCAUACCAAGUUUAAUGGCAAGAUGUUCCGAUUUAGUGAAAGAUGUAGUUUGA